UAAGGAAGUGACCUCUUAUGCGAAGUGCCUAUCGUUGGCGGAUAGUUCCGUGAUCAGAAGCGGGAGCAGCUCUUGUCCUCCGUGAAGCACCAGCUGAGGGGACGGUGGGGACAUCGGUGGCAGCGAUAACAGCACAGUGAAUCGAACCGCUAAGACAAUGACAGAACAGGACGUCAACCCAAAGGCCUAUCCCCUCGCUGACGCUCAGCUGACAAAGACCAUCUUAGAUCUUGUUCAGCAAGCAACUAACUACAAGCAGCUUCGCAAAGGAGCCAAUGAAGCCACCAAGACACUGAACAGAGGAAUCGCUGAGUUUAUUGUGAUGGCGGCAGAUGCUGAGCCCCUGGAGAUUAUCCUUCAUUUACCUCUUCUCUGUGAAGACAAGAACGUGCCUUACGUUUUUGUAAGGUCCAAGCAGGCUUUGGGGCGAGCUUGCGGAGUGUGUCGGCCCGUCAUCGCAUCUUCAGUCACCAUAAAGGAAGGCUCACAGCUGAAGCCUCAGAUUCAGUCUGUGCAACAGGCUGUGGAACGACUUCUGGUGUGAAUUGCUAAAAGUUGGGUAUUCAAAGCUGAACUGAUUGUGGUGUCUGUCUCUAAACUGCUGUAGAUUGUAGUGCUGAGAUAAUGUAUGCAUUUUUUAUGUUCUUUUGUUUUCUUAAAUAAAGUACUCAUCAGAAGA